ACUUAUUUUAAACAGGAGCUCUUUCUUGCAGGCCUGGCAGCUGAUUGGAUGGGUGUUGUCAUGGAGAUGACAGGACAUGUGAACGGAGGGGGCAGAGAGGAGGUUCAGCUGGAACAGAGUUUAUUUAUGAUGGAGAGCAGAGCGGCCUCAGCCCUGCACUGAUCCCUCCUGCGUUCUCACCCAGUGCAGCUGCAGCCUCUUCACUGCCUCUGAGGUCAGAUAUGACAGGUUCACUCCCGACCUCUGGGAGCUGACCGUCUCUUCUGCGCGCUCCUCUGCAACCUGGAUGAUGGAGCUGGAGGCGGAGAGCUGCCGGCAGCGUCUGCUCAGGCUGCUCCUCCUGCUCGGCUGCGUGACUCUCCACAGCUCGGCCAUCGAGACCGUGAAUGUGGUGGACUUCUGUGGCCAAAUGAUCCGGGGUGACGGGAUGAUCAUCAAUUCGCACCAGGAAUCCAAGAAGUACUACUUUGUGACCAUGGCAACCGACUGCCACCUCACCAUGCAGGCCAGCUCUCCCAAAGACAAAGUCCAGUUCCACUUCCGCUUCUUCCUGGUCUACAGUUUGCUGCGAGUGGCCCCUCUGAGCCCAGCUCCCCUCUUCCCAGAGUCCCCUCGUGACUCGGCCCCCCUCAACCCAAGACUGGAGCCCACCACUGGUGAAAGCCCAGGGGACCCGUGUCAUGCCGGCUCAUAUGUUCAAUUCUACGAUGGAUGGGAUAGGAGCUCGCCACCCCUCGGGCCUCCUCUCUGUGGGAAGAGCCCGCCCCGGCCAGUGCUGUCCACAGGAAACUACCUGACCCUGAGGCUGGUGACCCGGGGGACUCAGCCCAGGGUCGACUUUGUGGGCGACUUCACCUCCUUCAGACUGGGUUUCAACCAAUCAGAGUGCAGCAGCGAACCCUACUUCACCUGCAGGAAUGGGAAGUGUAUCCCUCUCAGUCUGGUGUGCGAUGAUAAAGGCAUCGACAACUGUGGGGAUGGAAGUGACCUGGAGGAAAAUCUGACCACUGGCUGCGAAGGUCAGUCAGGUCAGCUCUUACCUCCUGAACCUCCACCGCCGAUAGCGACCCCACCUCCACCUUUUGUGAAUCCACCCACGGAGCCGCUUGCUAAACAUCUGAACUGUGGCGUGCCAGACAGCGCUCCCAGCCAUGAGUCAGUAACAGACUCUCCUGCCUCUCUGUCCCUGUUGGUUCUCUACAUCAUCCUGGCCGUGGUGGCGGGCGGCGUGCUGCUCUGCUGGUGCUGCUGGUCACCUGGAUGGUUCCUGUGGCGGGUCAGCAUCUGUCGGUUCUUACCCUGCUGCAACUUGGCGUGCGCCUCCUGCCAGCUCUGCGGCCGCAGCUGUGUCCACAGCAAGGAGCACCGGCUGGCCAAAGUGACGCCGCACACACCUGUCAACGGGAGCCCGACGUGCACGGCGGCAGCCACCAACAGUGCAGAGGAAAACAUUACCACGGCAACUGUUUAGAGCAGAGGGGCUGUCUGGUUGAUCAGAUGCAUGGAUACGCUGAUGCUGAACACUUACUGCAUUAGGCAGUGUAACAAGACCAAGAGUCUUUUUAGUGCAGGUUGGACUGAAGUGGUCCAGGACGCUGGACUGAGCAGAGCCACUGGUCCACCUGUGGUUUGUCUGCUUUAAAUGUGAUGAGACUGCUAUGUUAAUGCUGUUAGAAGAAGGAAAAGCAGGGUACAGUGUGACUACAGAUUGUAUGAACGUAUGAAUGUAUCUGAAAUGAGAGGAUUAAGGUUCUGGGACUCACUGAAAAGAAAAUUUCAUUCACAGCACCUGUUUGAAGUUGUCUCUUUCAUAUUAUGCUAGAAGCUGAAGUUUGAGAUGUCCAGCCAUUGAAGCUGGACCAGAGCAGACAAUGAACAGUGUUAAGUUGUUAGUGUGAACAGUUUUGAGUCAUGUUUUUGUUUGUUUCUUAUAAACAUGCUUUUCUGCUCUGU